AAUAAUCUAACCAUGUGGGCUUGUGCUGGACAACCAGUGGCCAUCUUUUCUUAUAAGGUGGUUAUGGAUCAUGACCACUGAUUUUUUCUAUAUCAAUAAUUUUCCUUAGAAUUUUUUUUUAUUUUUAUAAAAAAAAUAGAAAAAUUUGGAAGUUCCCUAUAUAAAGAGCUUGUUUUUGCUCCAAAAGCCAUUACCUUCCACCAUGUGUUCUCUUCUUUCAACUUUGGAAAUUAUUGUUGUAUAAUUUGAUUUCUUAUACAAUUAUAUUCAAAGUAUGGAAUGCAUCAACAGCCAAAAUGAGUUUGGCAAUAACUUUGAGCUCUCCCAAAUAGAUGGAGCCCUCCUAAUGUCAUUUCUUGAGGAUUCACAAGUUGAAGAAGAGGAUGAUCACUUCCUUGAUAAUGAGAAAUUAUCAAGUGUUAUGAGAUCCCUCGAAGCUGAGAUUAAUCAAUAUAUGGUGGACAAAAACUCAACCACCAAUUGGAUGAAUAAUGAUCAUCCAUUGGAUCAUCAUCAUGGAGAGGUGGAGGGCUACGAUGCUGAGAUUUCAGAAUCACGAUAUAAUGAUCAUCAUGAGUUGGAUUGCAAUUGGAUGAACAUGGAGAUGGAAGUUAAUAGUGAUUGGUGCAUGGAUCAAUGUGUAGAUGAGAUGGAUAGUACUAGAAAUUCAACAUUAAGAUUUGGGAAUGAUGAUCAAUUAGAUCAUUAUUAUUUUGAACACUUCAAUAGUAGUGUUUCAUUUGAGGAUCAUGAACUCGUUCCUCAUGAUAGUCUCUGGCAAAUUAAUUGAUUAAGAUAUGACUGCAUUUCAGUGUACAGUAAUUAGUUCCAUGAUUGUAGAGAAAAGUCAGAUCAUCCAUGAAUUAUUCAUCAGUCUUGAUCAUUGACGUUCAAACUGUAUGAUUAACCCAUUCGUAUACGUACAUUUGAUCGUAUUUUGGUCUCUUUAUUACUCCAAUAUUAAUAUGGUUGUACUUGACUAUUCAUUGAUAUUAUCUAUUUGGUCGUUUUUGUUAGAACUGAAAAUAAGGUAGGCAGGCAGAGAAAGUUCUAAAAACAAUUCAACCAUAAAAAAAUGACUUUAAGUUUUAACUAUUACAUAAAAACCUAUUUACAUCAAUUUAAAUACUUUGAAAGUUCAUUUAAUUUUUAUUUUCCGGUUAGCCUGAUUAAUAUAAUAAUACUAAAGUGACCAAUGACCAAAAAUACUUAAAGAUACAAAGAAAUUAUAUUAUUAAAUUUAAAAUUUUGACUAAUACAAAAUAUGGGAG